AUGAACAAUUUGUUUUCAUUCAGAUAUACUGCAAGUAAACCAGACGGAUGGAGAUGGAGCUUGGAGCCGAACGGAAAAUUCACGGUCAAGUCGGCGUACAAGGCGCUCAGUUUGGCAGCCGGUGUUAACAGUUGCGGAGGUCAAGAGGUGGAACUUUUAACUGUCUGGAAAGCACAAGUGCCGCUCAAGGCCAAAACAACAGCAUGGAGAAUAUUGAUGGGAAGGAUGGCAACAUGCGACAAUCUUCAAAGACGCAAAGUGAUAAACUCCAAUGCUGAUGCCACCUGCAUUCUUUGUAAGGAAGAGAUCGAAACCUCAGAUCAUGUGUUCUUCUCAUGUAAAUUGACCUCAAAUCUCUGGUACGCAAUCCUCAAAUGGGUUGGUAAACAUUCGGUACUUCCACGCAGAGCAAAGGAUCAUCUGGAGGCUUUCAGGAAUUUGGGGGAAAAGGAGGACACUUCUUUCUUGAAUACUAUCUGGCUCUGCUUUGUCUGGUGUGUGUGGAAGUGGAGAAACGUUUGCAAGUUUCAGCAGGAAGAAUGGAAGGCUGAAAGAGUUCUGGCAGAAAUCAAAACAAGAACGUGGGGUUGGGUCUCGGCUUUCUCCAAGCAGCCGAACUUAAGGGACUUCAGGAGUUAG